GAAGAAAAUAAAGAACCUGAUGAUUUCUUACACGAUCCUGAUCCAAGAUUAGAUUCAAUUGCAGAUCGUAAAAUCAUCUUUUUCUCAGGGCGAGGUUGGAUGAAUGUAGUGUCUCUUGCUGUCUUGGUCGGUGGCUUGAUUGCCCUGUUUGCUCUUUAUCCCAUCAUAACCUAUGUUGUUCGUCAAGCUCCUGGUUUGAUCGGAUGGAACCUAGGGGGGAUCAACGGUACUGGUCAAGUACCUGACAUUCCUGGAUUACCUCAACUCAUCGAUGCCACUACUCCUGAUGAUGUGAAAACUCGAACUGGUUUUGAUGGUCAAAAAUACAAUCUGGUCUUCUCUGACGAAUUCAACACCGAUGGUCGUACGUUUUGGCCAGGGGAUGAUCCGUUCUGGGAAGCAGUCGAUCUGCAUUAUUGGCAAACCACGAAUUUUGAAUGGUACGACCCAGAUGCAGUCACCACCAAAGAUGGCAAAUUAGUGAUCACACUCUCACAAGAACCAAUCCAUAACCUAAACGUCAGGUCGGGUAUGAUUCAAAGUUGGAAUAAGUUUUGUUUUACAGAAGGUUACAUUGAAGUGAACAUCUCUUUACCUGGCAAACCUGGUGUACAAGGACUUUGGCCUGGUGUCUGGACCAUGGGAAAUCUUGCUCGGGCUGGCUUUGGUGCUACAAACGAAGGAAUGUGGCCUUAUUCUUACGAAGCAUGUGAUGUGGGCACACUACCUAAUCAGACCAACGCUGAUGGACGUACACCAGAUGCAGCGAAGACGAGUGGAUCUCGUGAUUAUGGAGGUGAACUAUCCUGGUUACCCGGACAACGAACCUCUGCUUGUACGUGUAAAGGAGAAGACCACCCUGGUCCACAUGAGGGUGUAGGUCGAUCCGGACCCGAGAUUGAUGUAUUGGAAGCUCAAUAUGGAUACGGAGCGAAUGGGAACAUUGGAUCGGUAUCACAAUCGAUUCAGAUCGCGCCAAUGGAUGCAGGGUAUCAAUGGGCCAACGAUUCGAGUAGUAUGCACAUUGUCAAUCAAGUGACCACCACUUCUGCUAAUGCUGGUACGGUCAUCAAUACUUGGCAUGGAGCGAUUUGGCAAGAGUCAUUAUCAGGCAUCACCAUGUCAGAUGGGACAUCUUAUGAUGGAAAAGGUUAUCAAACCUUUGGGUUCGAAUAUGUCAAGGGUUAUCAAGCUGAUGGAGGUCGAGUGACAUGGGCUUAUAAUGGUCAAGAAACUUGGUCAAUUUAUGCUAAUGCGAUUGGACAACCUUCGGCCACUGAGAUCUCACCUCGACCGAUCACCAUGGAACCGAUGUAUGUGAUCUUGAACUUGGGAAUCUCAAACAAAUUUCAAAUCGUUGAAUGGGAUAAAUUAACAUUUCCAGCCAAUAUGUACAUUGAUUACGUACGAAUCUAUCAAAAGGAUGGACAUACCAACAUUGGCUGUAAUCCAAAAGAUCGCCCAACAGAAGAUUAUAUUAACCGACAUAUGGGUGCUUAUACAAAUCCAAACUUUACUACUUGGAAAGAAGCUGGAUAUACUUUUCCUAAAAAUAAACUUAAAGACCAAUGCUAAAAACAAAUCAAGCAUUUUAUUGAUAUAUCCAGAACCUUUUAAUCAUUGAUUUUUUUUUUAUCGAUUUCUCUCUUUCUUCAUAUCAAUAUAUAUCUCUAUCCAUAUAUUCUUCUUAUUUUGAAAGAUUUCAUGAUCCAAAGCAGUGUGAUGAGAUUUUUUUUUCGGUUGGUUUUUGAUGAUUGAUUUGGGUUUGGUAUGGGUUGGUAUUGGUACAUGGGUUUUAAUGGUCUGGUCUUGGUUUUUUUUUGUUUAUUGAAGUUUUGAUCUUUUCUCUUAGUUUUUUUUUCUUUUUUUCUUUUUCUUAUUGAGAUGAUAAACUUGUAUGGACUUUUUUUUUGAACAAAAUAUUGAGCUUAAUGGUUGAUCAGGUAUUGAAUGAUGAUGGGUUUAUUGCUCAUGUUUUUCAUAUGAUUAUUUGAUUGUAUGUGUGUGAUGUGUGAUGUGUGAUGUGUGAUGUGUGAUAUGAUCUGAAUUAGGUUUGAGAUACUUAUUACAGAGUUUGUUGAUAGAGAGAGUUUAUUACAUUUUCUUUGCACUACUUACUUUUUCAUUUUUAUGCUUGAAACAAAUUAUCAUCAUCAG